CAUGGAGGAUCUCUAACACACUCAUCGGUACCGGAUACAGCUCCCGGUGAUAGCCCAAAUACUGAUGGUAUAACAGCUCCCGGUGAUAGCCCAAAUACUGAUGGUAUCAAGCUCGGUUUCUCUAGCAACAUUCACAUCUCUAACACAGUCAUCGGUACAGGAGACAACUGUAUUGCCAUUCUUUCUAGAAACACUAACAUGGAUAUUUCAAACGUCAAAUGUGGUCCCAGACAUGGGAUUAUUGUUGGAAGCUUGGGGAAGAACAAAGACGAGAAUGAUGUUACCGAGCUAACGAUACAAGACCUUAAGUUAAAGAACAUAUAUGGGACGUCGAAGAACAAAGUGGCAGUGAACCUACAAUGCAGCAAGAGCUCUCCGUGCAAGAAUGUAGUGCUAAUUGACAUUAACAUAGAGCAUAAUGGAGUUGAUGAUGGUCCUUCCACUGCAGUGUGUGAGAAUGUUGACGGUUCUGCUCAUGUACAA